AUGGAGGCGGCGAAUCAGGCGAAGGUUGACGUGGCGGAGGCGAAGAUGAAGGGGGAUUUGGGGUCGAAGCUGAGGGAGGGGGAGACACUUAGGAAUGCGGCGGCGAUUGAUGCAGAGACGAAGAUUGCGUCUACGCAAAGGCAGGGAGAAGGGAAGAAGGAGGAGAUAAAGGUGAGGACUGAGGUCAAGGUAUUUGAGAAUCAGAGGGAGGCUGAGGUGGCGGAGGCGAAUGCUGAGCUGGCGAAGAAGAAGGCCGGUUGGGCGAAGGAGGCGCAGGUGGCGGAGGUUGAGGCAAACAAGGCUGUUGCUUUGAGGGAUGCUGAGUUGCAGAGGGAGGUCGAAAAGAUGAACGCCAUGACUCAGACGGAGAAGCUCAAGGCUCAGUUUUUGAGCAAAGCUGGCGUCGAAUACGAAACAAAGGUCCAAGAGGCGAAUUGGGAGCUUUACAAGAAACAAAAAGCGGCAGAAGCGUACCUGUACGAGAAGGAGAAGGAGGCACAGGCACAGAAAGCAGUAGCGGAUGCUUCUUUUUACCAGCGGAAACAAGUGGUGGACGGUGAUUUGUACGCAAAGAUGAAGGAAGCUGAAGGGCUGAAAGCACUUGCCGAAGCUCAGGGCACUUACAUACGUACACUUCUCGAUGCAAUGGGCGGAAACUACGCGGCGUUGAGGGAUUACUUGAUGAUCUCCGGCGGUAUGUACCAGGAUAUAGCCAAGAUUAACUCCGACGCUGUGCGUGGGCUCCAGCCCAAGAUCAGCAUUUGGACUAACGGAAGUGGAAGCGGUGAUGGUGGCGGCAAUAGUGCGAUGCAGGAAGUUGCCGGCGUUUACAAGAUGCUGCCGCCGCUAUUCAAGACUGUUAAUGAGCAGACUGGCAUGCUACCGCCUUCAUGGAUGGGCACUUUGACCGACGACUCUACGUCAAACAAUUGAUAUCAUCAUAUCAACAGUUCAGUAUGGACAUAGCUAUAUAUUAAUUAGGUAUAAUUUAGGUGCUUUUCUUUUCAUGUUUAAUUAACAAUUGCUUUCUGUCAU